GGUAUACCAGAGGAGAACGAGCCUUGACCUCGUGUUUAUAGCCAAUCUCAGUAUACUAUUCAUACCGACAGCUGACAGUAUGGCGUCACCAUCUGAUACGAAGAACCUUGGCGAUGUUUCUGGCCUUGUCGCUGUCGUCACUGGAGGUGGUACGGGAAUUGGUUUGAUCAUCGCCAAGGCUCUGGAAGCCAAUGGAGCCAAAAAAGUCUUCAUCACCGGAAGAAGACAAGAUAGACUCGAUGCGGCUGCGAAGCAAGCUGUUCACGGAAAUAUCAUACCGAUUCAAGGCGAUGCUACUUCUCACGACGAUGCGCAGCGAGCAGUCGAUGCAGUGACCAAAGAAGUUGGGUACAUCGACCUAUUAAUCUGCAAUGCAGGCCAGACGACCAGAGAUGGCAGCCCAGAUGCCAGACCAAAGCCGACGGGAGAGUCGUCGAUCCAAGAGAUCCGCGACUACUAUUUCAAUUACCGACCGCAGGAAGUGUGGCAAAGUUGCCUCGAGACCAACGUCGUCUCUGUCUUCACCACCACCAUGGCUUUCCUGGAAUUGCUCGACCUGGGCAACAAGCGUCGCGAUCCCUCGGCACCAACUAGUCAAGUCAUUGCCAUUGGAAGCGUCGGUGGUCUGGUCAAAUUCACCGACUCAUUCAUCUACAAUGCCUCCAAAGCGGGAGUCCAUCACCUCAUGAAGAAUCUGGGAAACUUUUUAGUGCCGCACGAUAUUCGCACCAAUAUCAUUGCACCGGGUUAUUUCGCAUCGGAAAUGACGGCGGGCGUGGUGCAGAACUUUGAGCAGACGGGCGGUGUCAUGCCUCGCUCGUUGGUGCCGCGCCAGAGGAUGGGCAGCGAGGAAGAGAUGGCUGGUACGGUGCUUUACCUGGCGAGUAGAGCGGGUGGAUACUGCAAUGGUAAUUUGAUGGUCGUCGAUGGCGGGAUCUGGGCCAAUCAUGCUUGAGUUUUGAAAAGUACGGUCCGAUCAAGUAAGUACAUAGGUAUUUUCGAUAUGGAGUAUCGUAUGACAAGUAGAGAUGGUGUGAUGAUGAGAGAAGUACAUGUCGAUAGUGUGAUGAUAGUGGUACAAUGUUGACAGCAUGAACCUAGAAAGAAGGAGAAAGUGGCACGACGAUCAAGACGUGCCCAGCAUAUAAUAGCCUAUUGGUAGGAAUGCGGGCAAGGUAGUCAAGAGUGAUGAGUAG